AUGGCUAGACCUCGGAAACGCAAUAAAAUACGGAAUCCGUCCUUAAAAAUUUCACGAAAAAACGCGAAUAAACACUUCAAAAAAUUUCGUGUCAAAGGCAAUGCCCUUAUUGCCGACAAUUGGGACAACAAAGCUACCCUUCGUCAAAACUAUCAGCGUCUUGGCCUCAUGACUUCACUCAAUGGUGUUUCAGGUGGUGUUGAAAAACUGUAUCCCGAAGAACCUCCGUUAGUAUUAGACAAAGAAGAGUUGAAAAAAACUCUUGGUCCCGAUGAAGGUAUUAUUGAACGCGAUGAACAAGGAAAUGUGAUUAAUGUUAUAAUAGGAAAGGGACACGAAGAAGAAGAUACCGAGAUUAAGCCAGCACCCGCGAAAACAGACGUUGUUAAAGCUCUGGAGGAACAAGCAUCUAAAGUGUACAAACACGAGAAAUAUCAAUCCGAAGGUGAAAAGCGGUUUUGUGAAGAGCUAAUCAGCAAAUAUGGAGACGAUUAUCAGUCCAUGUUCAGAGACAUAAAACUCAAUGUGUACCAACAUACCGAAGCUCAGUUAAAGAAGAAGUGUGAAAAAUAUUUGAAGGAAAGAAAUGUGUCGUAG